AUAUUAAUGAUGAUGAUGAUUAUGAAGAAGAAAAUUAAGAUGAAGAUUAGAAAAAGGAACAAUUAAUUUCAUUAAGUUUAAAUGAAAUAGAUGCAAACUUAAAUAAUUAAACAUAAAAAGAAUAUAAUAACGAACUAUAACUAAGUUAGAAUUCUGAAUUUUUUGGUAUUAAUAAACUUUUAUAUAAAAAACCAGAUUAAAAUGAUAUUAAAAAUAUGCUAAACCGCAAUGAGAACUCGCCUAAACCAACAGCAUAUCCUCCUGAACCUCAAAUAAAAACGUAUAUUUUUUUUUUUUAAAAAAAAAAAAAAAAAAAGGGACAGAAUUUGUUUUACUUCCUCAAAGUCCAGAAUUUAUAAUAAAUUCGGAAUUAUUUGAACCUAUGUAUACUCCUUAACAGACAAUUUUAGAAGAAUCAUUACGCCGAGAAAUUGAGCGUAUUUGUUUUGCCGAUUCUUUAAUAAAUAGAGUUGUUUAUGAUUGUGGUGAUUAAAGUCUAUAUACGAAAGAUAUUGAUCCAUAAAAAUAUGAUAUGGAUGUUUUACCUUUUUACAUUCCAUAAUCUUAAGAAGACAUAACUUUAGUAUUUGAAUCUCGUUUUGAGUCUGGUAAUUUAAGGAGGGCAAUCUAAAUAUGCGAUUAUGAGUAUAAUUUAAUUUUAAAGCCUGAUUAUUUUACUACAGGACAUACUUAAUGGUUUUAUUUCUCUGUGAGUAAUACAAGAAAAAACAUCGUAUAUAGAUUUAAUAUAAUAAAUAUGAUGAAACCUGAUUCAUUAUAUAAUUCAGGAAUGAAACCUUUAAUGUAUUCUUAAAAGAAAGCAAAAAUAAAAAAACUUGGUUGGUAUAGAGAUGGACACGAUGUAUGUUAUUAUCAAAAUAAUAUGAAAAGAAAAAAUGCUGGUUUUUAUUACACUUUAACUUUUGCAGUUAAAUUUGCGUAUGAUAAUGAUUGUGUUUAUUUUGCACAUUGCUAUCCUUAUACAUAUAGUUAGUUAUGUAGAUAUAUUAGACUUAUAGAAAAUGAUCCAGUUAAAAAGCAUAGGGUUAAAAGGAAAAAUAUGUGUUAAACUAUAGCUGGAAAUAAUUGUGAUUAUUUAAUUAUAGGAGACUUUAAUAAUUAAAAAGAUAAAAAAGGAAUAAUGUUAACUAGUAGAGUUCAUCCAGGUGAAACUAUGGCUAGUUAUGUAAUCGAAUACGUGAUAGAUUUUUUACUAGGGAAUUCUCCUGUUGCAAGGGUUUUGAGAGAAAAUUUCUAUUUUAAAAUUAUUCCAAUGUUAAAUGUAGAUGGAGUUCUUAAUGGAAAUUACAGGUGUGGGUUGGCCGGAGUAGAUUUAAAUAGAUAAUAUUAAGACCCUUCUAAAAAAUUAAAUCCUACUAUCCUUGGCACAAAACAGUUAUUAAAAUAAUUUAAAGAAGAAAGGGAUGUUUUACUUUAUUGCGAUUUCCAUGGACAUUCUAGAAAUAAAAAUAUUUUUAUGUAUGGUUGUGCGGGUAAAGAUCUAAAUAAAAAAGAAUAAAUUUUCCCACUUUUAAUGAGAAAUAAUUGUAAUGUUUUCUCUUUUAAAGAUUGUUCAUUUUAAAUUUAAAAAGAUAGAGAAGGAUCUGCUAGGAUUGCUUUGUGGAAAGAAUUCAAUAUUUAAAAUUGUUAUACCUUAGAAAUUUCUUUUUGUGGUGCAGAUAUAGGAAAGUAUGAGUAUUUUCAUUUUAAUUAAGAUAUAUAUAAAGAAAUUGCUUAAAGUUUCUGUUUAUCUAUUAUUGAUUGUUUCGAACCUGAAUAAUUAAAGGUAUAAAAAGUAUAAGAGGAAAUUGAAUAAAUGAUACUUAAAAAUGAUAAUAAAAAAGAUGGAGAUAAAUAACAAAAUAGUGAUGAUGAAGAUUCAGAUUAUUCAAAUGAAGAUUAAAAUGAUAAUGCGUAGUACUAAUAACAAAUACAAUAAUAAUAAAAUAAUAGCAAUAUUAAUAAUACUACUACUAUUAAUAAUAGUAAUAUUAAUAACCUUAAUUAUAUAAAUAUUAAAGAUAAUAAUAUCAAUUUAAAUACAAAUAAUAAUUUAAAUACUAAUAAUAAUAUUUAGACUGAAAAUUUAAAGUUAUUUCCUAAAAAAUAAUAUUAAAAUGUUUCAUCUUCUUAAAAAAAGAAAAAAUGA